UUAGAAAUCUUUAAUCUCCUUCUUCAGGUGAAUGAAGCUUUCCUGCAGAGCAAAACAAAUUAUCUCACAUUUAACAAUGGAAGAAUAUGUGACAUAUUUAAAGGCCCCUUCAGCUGCAAGAGCCUCGGCAGGGCAGAACAACCGCAGAAAGGAGGAUGCAGUGGGCUCUGAGCCACAUCUUGCCAGAGGAAAGGCUCAAUGAAAGCUCAUCUUGAUUCUUUCUGCCGGUGUGCAGAUGCCUAACAAAUACAGGUAGCAGAACAGCCAGAAAAUUCAGGCCGCUUUGUAGCAAAACAAGUUGAAUACACAUGCACACAUUUAACCAAAAUUGGAUUGAUUUCACUUGCAUAAUUGUCAGUGUGGAGCCUAGAGACAGUGCACAGACUCCUGUGAGCAGGACACUCACCGGGGCCCUGCACAGUGUGAAGGCCCCAAACACAAACCUUCCAAAAAGGCUCAGCCUCUCAGUGUGGCAGGAGCAGCUGUGGUGCCCAGAGGAUGCAUCCACACCAAACUCAGGUGGAGGUGGCUGGAGAGCCUUUGAGUUAAGGAGGCCAUGAGGCCUCAGUAAGGGGCACAGGCUCUUCUUCUGUGUGAAUGGGGGCCAGGGGUUUUAUAGAUUUUGAAUAAGGCUAUUUUAAGAUCCCAAGGAAGAAUAAAAGACCAAACUAAAUAACUUCUGUUGAUUUCCAAAAUUAACAAAAGUAUUCUUUCAACCAUUUAAUUCCAUACCAAAUUACCACAAAUCCAAAAUUCAGAACAUGAAAGAGCCACAGGCUGAAUGAAUUAUUCAGUGGCCACUCUUAGUCUUAAAUAAUAACACAAGCUCUGCACUAGCAGGUGGAAAUGGUGAAUUGCCUCUAAUGUGGUAGCAGUAGCAUAGUAAUAAACUUCACUUUUGGAAUCAGGGAUACGUGAGACUGGGUAAUUUAUAAAGGAAAGUUGUUCAAUUGGCUAACAGUUCUGCAGGCUGUGCACACAUGGUGUGGGCAUCUGCUUGGCUUCUGGGGAGGCCUGAGGGAGGUUUUACUUAUGACAGAAGGUGAAGCAGGAGCAGGCAUAUCCCAUGGCUUAAGUGGGAACAAGGCAGGUGGGGAGUGGCGUGAGGUACCACAUGUGUUUAAACAACCAGAUCUCACAAAGUACUCAUCAUCAUGACAGUACUAAACCAUGAGGGAUGCACCCCCAUGACCCCCAAACCUCCCACCAGGCCCCAUCUUCAACACUGGGAAUUAUAUGUCAACAUGAGAUUUGAGUGGGAUAAAUAUCCAAACCAUGUCAACAUCUAUCUUGGCUUUUCUUGGCCGAGAGAGAAUAAUCCAAAGUUUAAGUGCUCCCUGAAGGACAAUUGGCCUCACCUUUUAGUACUUUUAGAAAUGUACAUGUUAGCUCUUCUAAAAUUACCCUUAUGCCAACCAAAAAAUGAAAUAUUAGUAGUAAAUGACAAUUAAAUAGAAUAGAAUAAAAUAAAUAAUUUUGUUUCCCUGGAACAGUCGUCUGAUGAAAUCACAAAGUUUACAAAUAGCUGGAGGCUAGGAUGACUUGUUAGUUACUUAUUUAGGCAGAUCUUACACAUGUUUCCUAUUCUUGCUUUGGAAACUAGUGAACUCCAAAACUCAAAGAUUAUUUGAUUCUUGCAUAGGAUGGAAUAUAGCAGCCCUAGAAGAAAUUUAAACCCAAUUAUGGGAAUUUAUAUUAAACAACUUACUGGGGAGCUCGACUGCACCAAAAUUAUCUAAGACAAAAGAAAAAGAAGAAACCUGCUGAUUAACUUGUUAAAUUAAAGGAAAUAUUUACUGGGAAAUUAUAUUCUUGAGUAUGCUUCCAAAAAAGAGCAAGCUUUUAUAGCUGGCAUGUGGUUUUGAGAUUUAAUAAAGGUAAUUUGCUUGGAAUGGAAAUUAAUUCUUAAUAGUGGUCAGAAUAGCAGCUCAACAAUGUAAAAACCUUAUAAACACCCAGGGAAGCUGUGGUUUUUUGGAGACCUUAUUUCAGGGACAGAGGUCCCUUUCUUUAAGGGUCAGAACUGAGAAGGAAUCUUAGAGGGAAUAAAGAAUGUAAAGGACACAGAAUGCUUAGGGAUGCAACAAAAUCACUGCCUCACUUUGUACAGUCUGAUGGGGGUGAGAUGGGCCCCACAGAAAGAUGAACAUGCAUGGAGGAAAAGCAUUCCUGGAAGCACAGGACUCCACUAGCUAAUCUCAUAGCUCAGUGUAUACUUUAUAUCAUUUUUUUCUGUUUUUUUCUAAGAAAGAGGAAAAUCAAUUGAAACAUUUGGAAACAGGCUCAGAUUAGGGUGAUCAAGAACAGGGUCUGAAGAUUCAGAAAGGUCAAAUAUGUAAAUAUCCCUGUGUCUCCCAGUGUUUAGAGAGAUUCUCAGAAGCAGAAGAUACCUAUCCACAGAGCCCUCAUUCCCUGUGUUCUCUGUGUACCUGGAUAUUUAUCCAUGAAUCUGUGCUCCAGUUGGUCACAAUUUUUAGUCAAUGAGAUAAUGCAGACAACUUCAAUCUCACGUGCCCUGGAAGCCAGAAAUCCAGCGCAGAGGACCUGCAGCUUCACAAAGUGAAGCUCCCUCUGUGGGUGGCUUGGUCUCGGUUCUCACCAAGGACAAACUUUGAACUUUAAUAAAAAAUUUAAAAACCUCCAUUGAGGUCCAGGUGGGGAAAAGACUGCAGCGUGUCUUCAGUCUCAUCCAUAGCAGUGUGGAUUUUGUCUAUCUGCACUAAUAUAGUCUUUAGAACAAAGUCUACAAAAUGUACAACAAUGAUGUAUAAGUGAGCCAAAGGUGUCUUGUGUGAACUGCCCAUAUGUUGUUUGUUUCCAAAUUGCAGGCUUAUUUCUCUAUGGCCUGUGCCAAACUCAAACUUUACAAUCCAAUCAUUUCAAAAACAGCCCCCAAAAGCAGAAUUUUUGCCAUGUAAAGAAUGCUUACAUUAUGUAUCUCAGAGAAACUUGCUCACAUCUGCUAGAAAUAGGUAAGCCCCAGGUUAUGAAAACCCCAGACUAAUAUUUCCCUCCGGUUCUCUCUGACCUAGAGACUCCCCACUGUGCUGCUGUAUUGGGAAAAGCUGAGUGUUGGGAGAAGCUGAGGCAGGGCUUGCAUGUCUGACAUAAUGUAAAACAGUCUUGGAACAUGUCUGGGGUCCAGGGUCUAAAACCCAUUGUGGCGUUUGGAACACCAAGCUCUGUGCUAUAAAGGGUGGAAGGCUACUCUGACACACCGUAAUCUAAGCCCAGGGCAUAAAAUCCCUCGUGGCUUGGAUAGAAUCCAGGGUUCAUGGCUCUGGAAUGUGUCUAGACUUGCUGGCUCCUUGCUCCUUGCUCUCCCAGGAUCGAUUGUAUCUUGAGUUAAAGGAACCUGCUCUCCAUUAUCUCAAGUAGCAGAGCAAAUGCUAAACCAUCACAGCUAUAAAUCUUGUGCUUAAUGCAACGCGCCCUUUUGACCUCCACAUUCUCACCACCUGUUUCUUUGUUGGAUAACCAAUAAAUAGCACUGGGCUCCCAGAGCUCGGGGCCUUUGCAGCCUCCAUGAUCACGAUGGCCCCCUGGUCCCACUUUACUUCUCAAACUGUCUUUUCUCAAUCCUUUGACUCCACCAGACUUGGUCAUCCCCAUGAUCUGGUGUUGGGUCUCAUCACUGCAACACUGCUGUGUGACAACACCUAGACACAUAAGCCCCUUAUACAGCAAAUUUCUUCCUCCUCCCCUUCUGAAUAACAACCUUGGCCCCUUGGCCUAUAGACAGACUCCUGCUCUCAGGAACUACCGGCAAACCUGUCAAAGCUUCACCCAAUAAAAGUUGUGUGUGCUACUGCCAUCCUGUGGACAUCUCUUUUUCUUUGCCCAGGCUCCAAAGUCCUCAAAUGAUCUACAAACAACAGGAUCACACUCUCCAUCCAACCCCACAAACACUGACUUCCAAGGACACAAACACUUCCAUUUCCAUGAUUAUCUUCCCAUGUCAUACAAGUAAUACACUUACUUCCAAUUUUAUGGGCUCCGAUCUCACAGCAUCAGGCAAAGGAGACACAACUACAGUAAGAUCCACCUGUAUCAGUCCUUCCUCAUUCAGAUGACCAUGGUUCAGAUUAGAGACACACAGAGGCCUGCUUCCCACCUGGAUCAAAUGGAGACUGUUCUUACACCUUCUUACCUGUGUCCACUGUGGAGCCACCAGCUUUGUCCAUUGUUAUCAAAGCCUUGGCAUAACGUGUUAAUGUUUGGGAGACAGAGAUUUCUAUUUGGAAUUAGAAAUAUUAUUAUUUAAGUACAUAGAUAGUAUAGGGUAGUUUCAAAGCUUUUUUUUUGCACCAAAUAAUUUUUAUAAGAUUUUACAUUUUCUGAAUAUGUAAGGGCAACAGAUUCUGAAGUAAAUUACCAAAUACAAUGGCAGACUCCUUAAAGCUUUGUUGUUAAUUUUCAUAGGGAAUAGCAAUACUCUCUGAAAUUCAAAAAUAUUAAAGAAUAUUUUGUAAAAAUAACAUAUUCUUGAAUUGGCUUGCAAAAGAAAGCACGACAGAUUUUUUAUCAUUUGUCAUUUUCUCUCAAUUCAAGCAUCCAUAUUAGAUAGUAGAUAGAACUGAUCCUUCAUUUAACAUACUUUCGAGUAAUCCUUUAAAACCAGACAUAAUGCAUUCAAUAGUGUUCUUUUUUGUUAGUAUGUUAGGUUUAGCUUGCAUUUAUUAUUUUUUCUUUCCACCUACCAAUAUUUCUGAAUCCUUUCACUAGCAUGAUUAAUUAAGAGUCCAAUAGGUCCUACGAGGAGCUAGGAUAAAUUGGGGGAAUCCCUCAGGUUUUUGUUUGUUUGUUUGUUUGUUUGUUUUGAAGUGCCAGGCCAAAUAAGAUGGAGAUUUACUGGAGUCACACUGCUGUUGGCACCAGCCUAACCCGGGCCUCCUUUUUCUCAAAGACACAGGCCAGAUGCCAGCCUUGGCCUCUCUUUGCUCAGGAACUGGCUGACUCCCUGCCCCAGGACUUCACGGCCAUGACCUCUCUCUGGGAGAAGUUCCCACUAUUUGCUGCUGGGGAAACCAGGACCCCACCCCAGGGCUGGCCAAGGUGAGCAGGCUGAGAGUUCAAAAGAGACUCACCGGGGACAUUUGCAAACACGUCUUCGGUUCCCUGGAUAAGGAAAACGAAGGGAAAAAGUGAGUGCCCCUAUCCAUCAAUAGUCCCCAAAAACAGUGUGUUUUUUGUUGUUGUUGCUGCUGUUUUUUGUUUUUUUUGAGACAGAGUCUCAUUCUGUCGCCCAGGCUGGAGUGCAGUGGCGCGAUCUCAGCUCACUGCAACCCUCGCCUCAGUUUCAAGCGAUUCUCGUGCCUCAGCCUCCCGAGUAGCUGGGAUUACAGGGGCCCACCUCCACGCCCGGGUAAUUUUUUGUAUUUUUAGUAGAGAUGGGCUUUCGCCAUGUUGGCCAGGCUGGUCUCCAACUCCUGGCCUCAGGUGAUCCGCCCGCCUCGGCCCCCCAAAGUGUUGGGAUUACAGGCGUGAGCCACGGCGCCCGGCGGGCAAGACACCCUCAGAGCACAGGGUGCUGCCAAGAGCCCGGCCGAGUGCAGCUCGAGCGCCGACGUCGCCAAGGAUACACAGUGCUGACGCAGUACUCAAGUUCGUCACAGUGGUUCUCCGCCGGCUACACCGCUGCGUCAGUGGCUUGCAGGCGCAUUCCUCUUGGAAUUGGCGAUUGCUGCGGUGCUGAGCGCUGGUUUCAUGCGUCUCGGGAGCCAGGUUGGCGGCGCGAUGAGUUGCAGCAAGGCCUACGGGGAGCGGUACGUCGCCUCGGUGCAGGGCUCCGCCCCGUCGCCUCGAAAGAAGUCAAUAAAAGGAUUCUAUUUUGCAAAGCUGUAUUAUGAAGCUAAAGAAUAUGAUCUUGCUAAAAAAUACAUAUGUACUUACAUUAAUGUGCAAGAGAGGGAUCCCAGAGCUCACAGAUUUCUGGGUCUUCUUUAUGAAUUGGAAGAAAACACAGAGAAAGCCAUUGAAUGUUACAGGCGUUCAGUGGAAUUAAACCCAACACAAAAAGAUCUUGUGUUGAAGAUUGCAGAAUUGCUUUGUAAAAAUGAUGUUACUGAUGGAAGAGCAAAAUACUGGGUUGAAAGAGCAGCUAAAGUUUUCCCAGGAAGUCCUGCAAUUUAUAAACUAAAGGAACAGCUUCUAGAAGGUGAAGAUGGACGGAAUAAACUUUUUGACUUGAUUCAGUCAGAACUUUAUGUAAGACCUGAUGACGUCCAUGUGAACAUCCGGCUAGUGGAGUUCUAUCGCUCAAAUAAAAGAUUGAAGGAUGCUGUGGCCCGCUGCCGUGAGGCAGAGAGGAACAUAGCUUUGCGUUCAAGUUUAGAGUGGAAUUCGUGUGUUGUACAGACCCUUAAGGAAUAUCUGGAGUCUUUACAGUGUUUGGAGUCUGAUAAAAGUGACUGGCGAGCAACCAAUACAGACUUACUGCUGGCCUAUGCUAAUCUUAUGCUUCUUACGCUUUCCACUAGAGAUGUGCAGGAAAGUAGAGAAUUACUGGAAAGUUUUGAUAGUGCUCUUCAGUCUGCAAAAUCUUCUUUGGGUGGAAAUGAUGAACUGUCAGCUACUUUCUUAGAAAUGAAAGGACAUUUCUACAUGCAUGCUGGUUCUCUGCUCUUGAAGAUGGAUCAGCAUGGUAGUAAUGUUCAAUGGCGAACUCUUUCUGAGCUGGCUGCAUUGUGCUAUGUCAUAGCAUUUCAGGUUCCAAGACCAAAGAUUAAAUUAAUAAAAGGUGAAACUGGACAAAAUCUGCUGGAAAUGAUGGCCUGUGACCGACUGAGCCAAUCAGGGCACAUGUUGCUAAACUUAAGUCGUGGCAAGCAAGAUUUUUUAAAAGAGGUUGUUGAAACUUUUGCCAACAAAAGCGGGCAGUCUGCAUUAUAUGAUGCUCUGUUUUCUAGUCAGUCACCUAAGGAUACAUCUUUUCUUGGUAGCGAUGAUAUUGGAAACAUUGAUGUACAAGAACCAGAGCUUAAAGAUUUAGCUAGAUACGAUGUUGGUGCUAUUCGAGCACAUAAUGGUAGUCUUCAGCACCUUACUUGGCUUGGCUUACAGUGGAAUUCAUUGCCUGCUUUACCUGGAAUCCGAAAAUGGCUAAAACAGCUUUUCCAUCAUUUGCCCCAGGAAACCUCAAGGCUUGAAACAAAUGCACCUGAAUCAAUAUGUAUUUUAGAUCUUGAAGUAUUUCUCCUUGGAGUAGUAUAUACCAGCCACUUACAAUUAAAGGAGAAAUGUAAUUCUCACCACAGCUCCUAUCAGCCGUUAUGCCUGCCCCUUCCUGUAUGUAAACAGCUUUGUACAGAAAGACAAAAAUCUUGGUGGGAUGCGGUUUGUACUCUGAUUCACAGAAAAGCAGUACCUGGAAACUCAGCAAAAUUGAGACUUCUAGUUCAGCAUGAAAUAAACACUCUAAGAGCCCAGGAAAAACAUGGCCUUCAACCUGCUCUGCUUGUACAUUGGGCAAAAUGCCUUCAGAAAAUGGGCAGCGGUCUUAAUUCUUUUUAUGAUCAACAAGAAUACAUAGGGAGAAGUGUUCAUUAUUGGAAGAAAGUUUUGCCAUUGUUGAAGAUAAUAAAGAAGAACAAUAUUCCUGAACCUAUUGAUCCUCUGUUUAAACAUUUUCAUAGUGUAGACAUUCAGGCAUCAGAAAUUGUUGAAUAUGAAGAAGACGCACACAUAACUUUUGCUAUAUUGGAUGCAGUAAAUGGAAAUAUAGAAGAUGCUAUGACUGCUUUUGAAUCUAUAAAAAGUGUUGUUUCUUACUGGAAUCUUGCACUGAUUUUUCACAGGAAGGCAGAAGACAUUGCAAAUGAUGCCCUUUCUCCUGAAGAACAAGAAGAAUGCAGAAAUUAUCUGAGAAAGACCAGGGGCUACCUAAUAAAGAUUUUAGAUGACAGUGAUUCAAAUCUUUCAGUGGUCAAGAAAUUGCCUGUGCCCCUGGAGUCUGUAAAAGAGAUGCUUAAGUCAGUCAUGGAGGAACUCGAAGCCUAUAGUGAAGGAGGUCCUCUCUAUAAAAAUGGUUCUUUGCGAAAUGCAGAUUCAGAAAUAAAACAUUCUACACCAUCUCCUACCAAAUAUUCACUAUCACCAAGUAAAAGUUACAAGUAUUCUCCCAAAACACCACCUCAAUGGGCAGAAGAUCAGAAUUCUUUAAUGAAAAUGAUUUGCCAAGAAGUAAAGGCCAUUACGAAAGAAAUGCAGGAGUUGAAACUAAAUAGCAGUAAGUCAGCAUCCCGUCAUCGUUGGCCCACAGAGAAUUAUGGACCAGACUCUGUGCCUGAUGGAUAUCAGGGGUCACAGACAUUUCAUGGGGCUCCACUAACAGUUGCAGCUACUGGCCCUUCAGUAUAUUAUAGUCAGUCACCAGCAUAUAAUUCCCAGUAUCUUCUCAGACCAGCAGCUAAUGUUACUCCCACAAAGGGUUCUCCUAAUACAGAAUUUAAGUCAACCAAAGAAGGAUUUUCCAUCCCUGUGUCUGCUGAUGGAUUUAAAUUUGGCAUUUCGGAACCAGGAAAUCAAGAAAAGAAAAGUGAAAAGCCUCUUGAAAAUGAUACUGGCUUCCAGGCUCAGGAUAUUGGUGGCCAGAAGAAUGGCCGUGGUGUGAUUUUUGGCCAAACAAGUAGCACUUUUACAUUUGCAGAUCUUGCAAAAUCAACUUCAGGAGAAGGAUUUCAGUUUGGCAAAAAAGACCCCAAUUUCAAGGGAUUUUCAGGUGCUGGAGAAAAAUUAGUCUCAUCACAAUACGGUAAAAUGGCCAAUAAAGCAAACACUUCUGGUGACUUUGAGAAAGAUGAUGAUGCCUAUAAGACUGAGGACAGCGAUGACAUCCAUUUUGAACCAGUAGUUCAAAUGCCUGAAAAAGUAGAACUUGUAACAGGAGAAGAAGAUGGAAAAGUUCUGUAUUCACAGGGGGUAAAACUAUUUAGAUUUGAUGCUGAGAUAAGUCAGUGGAAAGAAAGGGGCUUGGGGAACUUAAAAAUUCUCAAAAAUGAGGUCAAUGGCAAACCAAGAAUGCUGAUGCGAAGAGACCAAGUACUAAAAGUGUGUGCUAAUCAUUGGAUAACGACUACAAUGAACCUGAAGCCUCUCUCUGGAUCAGAUAGAGCGUGGAUAUGGUCAGCCAGUGAUUUCUCUGAUGGUGAUGCCAAACUAGAGCACUUGGCAGCAAAAUUUAAAACCCCAGAGCUGGCUGAAGAAUUCAAGCAGAAAUUUGAGGAAUGCCAGCGGCUUCUGUUAGACAUACCACUUCAAACUCCCCAUAAACUUGUAGAUACUGGCAGAGCUGCCAAGUUAAUACAGAGAGCUGAAGAAAUGAAGAGUGGACUGAAAGAUUUCAAAACAUUUUUGACAAAUGAUCAAACAAAAGUCACUGAGGAAGAAAAUAAGGGUUCAGGUACAGGUGCAGCUGGUGCCUCAGACACAACAAUAAAACCCAAUCCUGAAAACACUGGGCCCACAUUAGAAUGGGAUAACUAUGAUUUAAGGAAAGAUGCUUUGGAUGAUAGUGUUAGAAGUGGCUCAGUACAUGAUUCUCCAUUGGCAAGUAGCCCUGUGAGAAAAAAUAUUUUCCGCUUUGGUGAGUCAACAACAGGAUUUAACUCCAGUUUUAAAUCUGCUUUGAGUCUAUCUAAGUCUCCUGCCAAGUUGAAUCAGAGUGGGACUUCAUUUGGCACUGAUGAAGAAUCUGAUGUUACUCAAGAAGAAGAGAGAGAUGGACAGUACUUUGAACCUGUUGUUCGUUUACCUGAUCUAGUUGAGAUAUCCAGUGGUGAGGAAAAUGAACAAGUUGUUUUUAGUCACAGGGCAGAACUUUACAGAUACGAUAAAGAUGUUGGUCAAUGGAAAGAAAGGGGCAUUGGUGAUAUAAAGAUUUUACAGAAUUAUGAUAAUAAGCAAGUUCAUAUAGUGAUGAGAAGGGACCAAGUAUUAAAACUUUGUGCCAAUCACAGAAUAACUCCAGACAUGACUUUGCAAAAUAUGAAAGGGACAGAAAGAGUAUGGAUGUGGACUGCAUGUGAUUUUGCAGAUGGAGAAAGAAAAGUAGAGCAUUUAGCUGUUCGUUUUAAACUACAGGAUGUUGCAGACACGUUUAAGAAAAUUUUUGAUGAAGCAAAAACAGCCCAGGAAAAAGAUUCUUUGAUAACACCUCAUGUUUCUCAGUCAAGCACUCCCAGAGAGUCACCAUGUGGCAAAAUUGCUGUAGCUGUAUUAGAAGAAACCACAAGAGAGAGGACAGAUGUUACUCAGGGUGAUGAUGUAGCAGAUGCAACUUCAGAAGUUGAAGUGUCUAGCACAUCUGAAACAACAACAAAAGCAGUGGUUUCUCCUCCAAAGUUUGUAUUUGGUUCAGAGUCUGUUAAAAGCAUUUUUAGUAGUGAAAAAUCAAAACCAUUUGCAUUUGGCAACAGUUCUGCCACUGGGUCUUUGUUUGGAUUUAGUUUUAAUGCACCUUUGAAAACUAACAAUAGUGAAACUAGUUCAGUAGCCCAGAGUGGAUCUGAAAGCACAGUGGAACCUGACAAAUGUGAACUGUCAAAGAACUCUGAUAUCGAACAGUCUUCAGAGCGCAAAGUCAAAAAUCUCUUUGCUUCCUUUCCAACGGAAGAAUCUUCAAUCAACUACACAUUUAAAACACCAGAAAAGGAGCCUCCAUUAUGGCAUGCUGAAUUUACCAAAGAAGAAUUGGUUCAGAAGCUCAGUUCCACCACAAAAAGUGCAGAUCACUUAAACGGCCUGCUUCGGGAAACAGAGGCAACCAAUGCAGUCCUUAUGGAGCAAAUUAAGCUUCUCAAAAGUGAAAUAAGAAGAUUGGAAAGGAAUCAAGAGCGAGAGGAGUCUGCAGCUAACGUGGAACACUUGAAGAACGUCUUGCUGCAGUUCAUUUUCUUGAAGCCAGGUAGUGAAAGAGAGAGACUUCUUCCUGGUAUAGAUACGAUGUUGCAGCUCAGCCCUGAAGAAAAGGGAAAACUUGCUGCGGUUGCUCAAGGUGAAGAAUAAAAUGCUUCCCGUUCUUCUGGAUGGGCAUCCUAUCUUCGUAGUUGGUUUGGACUUCGAUAGGUUGAUGGAAGGAAUAUUUUUAUUAACCAAAUAGAAUCUAUUUACAAAAAUGGUUCAUGUAUAUUACCAUCAUUCUUUUGUCAAAAAGUGUGUAUAUAUGUUUGCAUUUACAUAUAUUUGUACAUCUGUAUGACAGAUGUAUUUUAAAAGUUUCAACUUGAAGUAAAAGUACAACAGCUUGAAGUGUUGAUACCAGGCCACAGCCCUCUAACUCGUGUGAUCUCCCAUGCAUGCUGCCAGAAUAAAACCACCAGGAAUGAAUUCACUCCACACUUCUCUGGAACCUCAGGACCCGCCCAUUUCUCGGCAGUACUGUGAAUUUUGAACUUAAACUAAAUUUUGGUACCAUACCAACUGGAACUUAGGCUUUAAAAGUAAUGUUUCAAGGCCAGGUGUGGUGAUUCAUGCCUGAAAUCCCACUACUUUGGGAGGCUGAGGCUGGAGAAUCGCUUGAGGCUAGUGAGCUGUGAUUGUACCACUGCACUCCAGCUCGGGGAACAGAGCAAGACCUUGUCUCUAAAAAUAAUAAUAGUAAUAAAAAUAACAUUUUAUGACUAUUUAUUGCAAGGUCAGAUUUACAGAUUGUUAUAAAUUGUUGAGAAAUUUUUGUGAUUAGAAUAUGAAGGAAAAAGCUUUAUUGGUAAAAGUGACAUGUUAAGGGGCUAUGAAUAUGCUGCAGUUAAUUAUGCUAAGUUAAAAUACAGUUUAGUUAUUUGCUUUAAAAUAAACUCUUCUUUUUUUCUUUAAAGUAUACUAUCUCAAAACUCAUUAUGUUGUCAGAGCCCUAGAGCUGGCUAGUGUAACACUGACUAUGAAUAGGUGGGCCCACCACUUGAGUUGAGGUGAUUUCAUGGUGUCUUUCCAGGCUCUUGAUAGGGUGUCACUGCAUGCAAGCCAUGAAUCUGUUUUGAGAAUCCUCUCCAUUUUCCCAAACAAAAACCUGUCCCAACAGUGACUAUAUCACUCAGCAUUGGAUCUAAAUGUAAAACUGGUGCUUUCAGUGUUUUUGGCAGAUAGUGUUCCAUAAGCUUUCCAUCAGAAGGGAUUUUAGACACCUUAGAGGUCCGUGCUACAUCUUCACAGUUCCUCUGAAUAAGCUUAGGUGGUCGUGUUACUUGCCUUUGACACCUCUGCAUGUGUUUUAAUGACUAGAUCCAAACUGUGUUAAAUCAAAAAUCGGAUAAUUUUUAAUAUUUAUGUGUUAAUCACACAGUAUGCUCUCUGAAGUUCUCUUAAGCCUUCAGUUUAUACUCUUAAUUUUCUUUCUGAGCUGGGGAACUGACUUUGCACUUUGGUUACACAGAACAUUGGUUUCCAAUUUAGUUUAACUGAAAUUUGCUGCUGAUAUGUUGAGUUUGUUCUUUAAAAAAUAUCUCAUAUAUCUCGUCUUUCCUCCUUAGAAGAACAGACCUAACUAGCGAAUGUAUGAAUGAAAAUGCAUCUAUUUCAGAGCCGACAUGAAGAGUUUAGUUUUUUUACUUUAUAAACUGUGAAUAUGAGUAUGCCAGCUGCAUACAAUGUAACUAAUCAUAUUUAAAUAUAUUUCACUUUCUCUUUGACUUGAGACCUUUUGAAGUCUGUAUAAACUUGUUUUGAAAUAUAGUCUCCACUUACGAAUGUCAUAACAAAAUACUUUUUUGCAUAAUAAAAAAUUACUUUGAUUACAAAAGGCAUAUUCUUUCAUGGUUUCUGCAAUGAGAGGAAGUGUAAUGAUUAUUUUAAUAUUUCUAUUAAAUAUGUUUAACUGUA